AUGGUUGCAGUCACCAUCCCAGAGGAAAAAGAGGUGGAUCUGAAACCCUGCAUCCGAAGCCGGGUGGUCCUGAGCGGCCUAAGGGAUGACAUGUGGACAGAAGAGCAUGCUGCAACCCUGGAUCUCUUUCUGAAGGAUGUCAGUAAGCAAUUGCUCGUCGUCUACAUAGAUGAGUUUGCUGGACUGAAGGUUGAGCAGACCAUGCCACAUCAGGAGCAGAAACAGCUCACCUACUUCAUCCGCCAUGAGAAUGCCGAGAUCACCGCCGAGAAUUUCCAGAAGACAGUGCAAUUUGGCACCGUCCGGAGACCCUACAUUGAUUCCCUCGUGCAAAUUCUCAAUAGUGUCUUCCUCCCCCGCCUCUUCCACAACACCAAUUGGCCCGAGAGCAUCAAGAACGAAUUCUUCUCGGAAAUAUACCACUUCAUGACCUCUCUCACAGAUACCCGUUCGAAAAUGAAGGGCCGCACGGUGCUCUACAUCCCCAUUGAAGCCCUGAGCAUGAAGCCCGAAGUGGUAGUGAAGGACAAAGCACUGGUUCAGAGACUGGAAACUUCCAUGAUCCACUGGACGCGGCAGAUCAAGGAGGUGCUGCGAGCGCAGGAGGCGGUGGAGAGCAGGGAGAGCACGGGGCCGCUGGAGGAGAUUGAGUUCUGGACGAACCGCUGCACCGACCUGUCUGAGAUCAGCAAACAGCUAUGCAGGCAGGGAGUGACGCACAUCGAGUCCAUCCUGCUGCUCUCCAAGUCCUCCUACGUGGCACCCUUCCAGAGGCUUGCCAGACAGAUACAGGAUGGGUCUGAGCAAGCGCAGUCGAACCUCCACUUCCUUUCCAUCCUGAAAGAGCCGUUCCAGGAGCUGUCCACGCUGCGGCCCAAAGACAUCCCUGACAAGCUGCCCCACCUCAUCAGCCUCGUCCGCAUCAUAUGGGUCAACUCCCCAUACUACAAUACCAGAGAGAGAAUCACAGCCCUCUUCCGAAAGGUUUGCGACUGCCAGCAGCACUUCGCCCGCUGGGAGGACGGGAAGCAGACCCCACUGCCCUGUUUCUUUGGGCACCGGGGUCCCCAGAUGACCCGGAACCUGCUGGAAAUAGAGGAGACCUUUCAGAAGCACCUGCACACCCUGCGGAACAUGAAGGGGGGGAUCCUGGACGUGAAGAACACGUUCUGGCACGAGGAUUUUAACCGGUUCCGCUCUGGCGUCAAAGACCUGGAGGUGAUGACCCAAAACCUGAUCACCUCGGCCUUCGAGACGGUGCGGGACGUGGAGCAUGGCGUGGAGAUCCAGGACAUCUUCCACCACCUCUCCGCACGAGAGGCCAUCAAGCGCACCUUUGACAAGAAAGCCGUGGACGUCUACAUGCUGUUUAACCGAGAGCUCUCCCUGGUCAACAAGGAGCUGAGCAAGAAGCUGCCGUUCCUGCCGCCGCACAUGUGCCAUUAUUCAGGCCUGGCGCACUGGCUGCGGGCUCUGCGCCGGCGCAUCGACAGACCCCUAAAGUGUCUUUCGAAUGCCCACUUCUUGCCCCACAUUGGGACCGGGGAGGAGAGCUUUCAGGCCUACCAGCUGCUUGUCCAGGCCAUGGACGAGAUUGAGAGGAAGACCUUCCAGGAGUGGGCGCAGACCCUGGACAAAGACAGCCUGAAACGCCUGGACACCCCGCUCCUGAUCCCCAGCGCCGAGAAGAGCGGCAUGCUGGACAUUAAUUUUGACAAGGACUUGCUGAAAUUAUUUGUGGAAAUCCAUUACUGGGAGCGACUGCUCUUCGAGAUCCCCCACUACGUGGUGGAAGUUUACGACCGGAAGGAGGAUCUACGCAACCUCCGCGAGAACCUGCUCCUGGUUGCCCGGGACUAUAACAGGAUCAUUGCGAUGCUGUCCCCGGAGGAGAGGGCCUUGUUCAAGGAGCGGAUCCGAUACCUGGACAAGAAGAUCCAGCCCGGCUUGAAGAAGCUGCACUGGUCGCUGAAAGGGGCCAGCGCGGCCUUCAUCAGUGAGUGCCGACUGCACGCCAGCAAGGUGCAGACCAUUGUGAACGAAUACAAGGCAGCCACCCUGACCAUCGCUCGCAGUGCCCAGCAGAUCAGCGAGGCACUGCUGGUGCGGAUCACCGGCAAGCGGGUCUACAACGACUUGGAGUUUGAGGAGGACCAGAAGGAGCACCGGGCCUGGGUGCAGCAGAAGCUGAUGGGUAUCCACGAGGAGGUCAUCAACAUCAUGCGGCAAACCUAUGAAGUCUUCAAACACGAUAGCGCUGAGGUGCAGCAGUACUGGAUGGCCUACACCGUCAAGAUGAACAGAAUGAUGGAAGAGGCCUUCAGGCUCAACGUCAAAUGGUCCCUACUGGAACUCUCCAAAGCCAUCAAUGGAGAUGGCAAGACCACGCCUAACCCCCUGUUCAGGGUCAAGGUGAUCCUACAGGACAACUACCCGGCACCAUCUGCACAGGUGGAGUUUUCCCCAACUCUGGCCCAGCUCGCGAAUAUGGUCAAUGACAUCAGCAGCCACCUCAUCGCCAGCAUCUCCGUCUUCCGCCACCUGCCGGAGAUCCUGACCAAACGCAAAUUCCACCGCGAUCCCAUCUCGGUCCUCGUGGAGCGUGAUGAGGAUAUCAAGAAAAUCCAGGCACUGAUCAGUGGGGGCAUGCAAGCAAACGCCACGCACCUCCAGGCGUACCUGAAGACCUGGGAUGUCUACCGGGAGAUCUGGGAGGUCAACAAGGACUCCUUCAUUAACCGCUACCGGCACCUCAACCCACUUGUGUCUUCCUUCGAUGCAGACACUGCUCGGUACAUGGAGGUGGCCAACAACGUGCAGAAGGAGGAGACGGUGCUGAACAUCCAGUUCGUGAUGCUCGACUGCUCCCACCUCAAGUUCUCCGUGGUCCAGCACUGCAACGAGUGGCAGAACAAGCUCACCAACCUGCUGAACGAGAUGGCCAGUACCCAGCUGCAGGAGCUGUACGCCUACCUCCAGAAGAACGCCAAGAAAGUCAGCCGGCCACCGCAGACGCUGGAGGAACUGGGCCAAAGCCUGCAGCUCCUGGACACCCUGCAGCAUGAGCUGCCGAAGCUAGAGGGGCAGAUCCCGCCCAUCCACGAGCAGUUUGCCAUCCUGGAGAAGUACGAAGUGGCCGUGGACGAGGGGGUGCUGCAGACACUGGGAGCGCUCAACUCGGAGUGGCUGUCCUUCCAGCAGUGCAUCCUGGAGAGCGAUGUCAUGCUAAAGAAACACAAGGAGAAAUUCAAGACGGGCCUGAUCCAUUCUGCGGACGAUUUCAAGAAAAAGGCCCAGGUCCUUCUGCAGGAUUUUGGCACCAAAGGUCCGUUCACCUGUGCUGUGAGCUGCGAGACAGCCCUGGAGCAGAUCGCGGCGAUGCGGCAGCUGCUGGCCACCAUGAAGGAUGAGGAGAGCACCCUGCGCUCCAACCUGGGCAUCUUCAAAAUCGAACAGCCUGCUUCCAAAGACCUGCAGAAGCUCGAGAAGGAGCUGGACUACCUGCAGCAGGUGUGGGAGAUCACCAAAGAGUGGGAAGACCACUGGAACGAGUGGAAGACAGGAAGCUUCAAGACCCUGCAAACGGAGGUGAUGGAGACCACGGCUUAUGGGCUCUUCCGGAAGCUCAACAAGCUGAGCCGGGAGCUCAAGGAUCGGAACUGGGAAAUUAUCGAGACUUCCAAGGCGAAGGUCGAGCAGUUUAAGAGGACGAUGCCUCUGAUCUCAGACCUCAGGAACCCGGCCUUGCGGGAGAGGCAUUGGGAUCAGGUGAAGGACUUGGUCCUCAGGACGUUUGACCAGGAUGCUGAAGAUUUCAGGCUGGAGAAUAUUGUGGAGCUCGGCCUGGAUCAACACGUGGAGAAAAUCAGUGAGAUCUCUGCGUCGGCCUCCAAGGAGCUGUCUAUCGAGCUGGCCCUGCAAGCCAUCGCCAAGACCUGGGAUGUCGUGCUGCUAGAUAUUGUGCCGUACAAGGACAAGGGACACCACCGCCUCAGGGGGACGGACGAGGUGUUCCAGGCGCUGGAGGAUAACCAGGUCUCCCUCUCCACCAUGAAGGCCUCGCGCUUCGUCAAGCCCUUUGAGAAGGAGGUGGACCGCUGGGAGCGCUGCCUCUCGCUCAUCCUGGAGGUGAUCGAGAUGGUGCUGACCGUGCAGAGGCAGUGGAUGUACCUGGAGAACAUCUUCCUGGGAGAAGACAUCCGGAAGCAGCUGCCCCAGGAGUCGGCCUCCUUCGAUCAGAUCAACGCCAGCUGGAAGACGAUCAUGGACAGACUGAACAAGGAUAACAACGCGCUGCGCGGGACGCAUUUCCCAGGCCUCCUGGACAAGCUGGUGGAGAUGAACAGCGCCCUGGAGGAGAUCCAGAAAUCCCUGGACAUGUACCUGGAGACCAAGCGCCACAUCUUCCCCCGCUUCUACUUCCUGUCCAACGACGACCUGCUGGAGAUCCUGGGCCAGUCGCGCAACCCCGAGGCCGUCCAGCCCCACCUCAAGAAGUGCUUUGACAACAUCAAGUCCCUCAAAAUCCAGAAGGUGGGAAUGGGCAACAAGUCCGAAGCCGUGGGCAUGUACUCCUUGGACGGGGAGUACGUGGAGUUCGCCCACUCUGUGCUGCUGGAAGGGCCCGUGGAGGAGUGGCUGUGUGACGUGGAGCGGGCCAUGCGCCUGACCCUGAAGGAGCUGCUGAGAAACUGCCGCCUGGCCCUGAAGAAGAUGCUGACGAAAAGGGACAAGUGGGUGAAAGAGUGGGCCGGACAGAUGGUGAUCACUGCCAGCCAGAUCCAGUGGACAACGGACGUCACCAAGUGCCUGGCCAACUGCAAGGAGCGAGGUGACAAGAAAUUCCUCAAGGUCAUGAAGAAGAAGCAGGUGUCCCUGCUGAAUAAAUACUCGGAGGCCAUCCGGGGCAGCCUGACCAAGAUCAUGCGCCUGAAGAUCGUCGCACUGGUGACGGUGGAAAUCCACGCGCGGGAUGUCAUAGAAAAGCUCUACAAGAGCAGCUUGAUGGACGUGACGUCCUUCGAGUGGCUAAGUCAGCUCCGCCUCUACUGGGACAAGGAUCUGGACGACUGUGUCAUCAGGCAAACCAACACCCAGUUCCCCUACGGCUACGAGUACCUGGGGAACUCCGGACGCUUGGUCAUCACGCCGCUCACCGACAGGUGCUACAUCACUCUGACCACAGCCCUCCACCUCCACCGGGGAGGGUCUCCCAAAGGCCCUGCCGGCACAGGGAAAACGGAGACUGUGAAAGACCUGGGCAAGGCCCUGGGCAUGUAUGUGAUUGUAGUGAACUGCUCCGAAGGCCUGGACUAUAAAUCCAUGGGGCGCAUGUACUCGGGCCUGGCUCAGACAGGAGCCUGGGGCUGUUUUGACGAGUUCAACCGCAUCAACAUUGAGGUGUUGUCUGUGGUGGCCCAGCAGAUCCUCUCCAUUCUCUCUGCCUUGGCCGCCAACAUGACCUCCUUCAUCUUUGAGGGCCAUAAGAUCAAGCUGGUGUGGUCCUGUGGCAUCUUCAUCACCAUGAACCCAGGUUACGCCGGACGCACAGAGCUGCCCGACAACCUCAAGUCCAUGUUCCGCCCCAUCUCCAUGGUGGUGCCGGACUCCACGCUCAUCGCAGAGAUCAUCCUCUUCGGAGAAGGGUUCAGCAACUGUAAGCUCCUGGCUAAGAAGGUCUACACCCUGUACUCGCUGGCAGUGCAGCAGCUGUCCAAGCAGGACCACUACGACUUCGGCCUGCGGGCGCUGACGUCACUGCUCCGCUACGCCGGGAAGAAGCGCAGGGUGCACCCCGACAUCACCGACGAAGAGAUCCUACUGAUGGCCAUGAAGGACAUGAAUAUUGCCAAGCUCGCCUCAGUCGACGUGCCCCUCUUCAACGGCAUUGUCCAGGACCUCUUCCCGGGCAUCGAGUCGCCGGUCAUUGACUACGGGAAGCUGAAGGAAGCCAUCGAGCUGGAGCUGAAGGGGAUGGGGCUGCAGGUGAUCCCCUUCACCAUCACCAAGGUCAUCCAGCUCUACGAGACCAAGAACUCCCGCCACUCCACCAUGAUCGUGGGCAACACGGGCAGCGGCAAGACGGUCACCUGGCGCACCCUGCAGGCCACCAUGUCCGCCCUGUGCCGGAGCGGGGACGCCGCCUACAACCUCGUCCGGGAAUUCCCCCUGAACCCCAAGGCCGUGUCCCUGGGCGAGCUGUAUGGAGAGUACGACCUCAGCACUGGCGAGUGGACAGAUGGCAUCCUGUCCAGCGUCAUGAGGGCGGCCUGCGCAGACGAGAAGCCCGAUGAGAAGUGGAUCCUGUUUGACGGGCCGGUGGACACCCUGUGGAUCGAGAGCAUGAACUCGGUCAUGGACGACAACAAAGUCUUGACCCUGAUCAACGGGGAGCGGAUCUCCAUGCCCGAGCAGGUCUCGCUGCUCUUCGAGGUGGAAAACCUAGCGGUGGCCUCACCCGCCACCGUCUCCCGCUGCGGGAUGGUUUACACGGACUACAGCGACCUGGGCUGGAAACCCUACGUCCACUCCUGGAUCGAGAAGCGCCCCAAGGGGGAGACGGAAGCUCUGCAGCGGAUGUUUGACAAGUUCAUCGACAAGAUGCUGACCUUCAAGAAGGAAAACUGCGAGGAGCUGGUCCCCAUCCCCGAGUACAGCGGGAUCGUGUCACUCUGCAAGCUCUUCUCUGCUCUGGCCACCCCAGAGAAUGGGGUGAACCCAGCAGAUGGCGAGAACUACACCACAGUGGUGGAAAUGUACUUCAUCUUCAGCAUGAUCUGGUCUGUGUGCGCGGCGGUGGACGAGGAGGGCAGGAAGAAGAUUGACAGCUACCUGCGAGAGAUGGAAGGCUCCUUCCCUAACAAGGACACCGUCUACGAGUAUUUUGUCGACCCCAAGAGGAAGAACUGGGCCUCGUUUGAGGACAAGCUACCCAAAAUGUGGAGGUACCCAUCCAACGCCCCCUUCUAUAAGAUCAUCGUCCCCACGGUGGACACGGUGCGCUACAACUACCUGGUGAACGCCCUGGUGUCCAAUCAGAACCCAGUGCUGCUCGUGGGCCCGGUCGGCACCGGGAAGACCUCCAUCGCCCAGAGCGUGCUGCAGUCCCUGGACAACACCAAGUGGGCCGUGCUGACCGUCAACAUGUCGGCACAGACCACAUCCAACAACGUGCAGAACAUCAUCGAGAGCCGGGUGGAGAAGAGGACCAAGGGGGUCUACGUGCCCAUGGGCGGCAAGAGCAUGAUCACCUUCAUGGAUGACCUCAACAUGCCAGCCAAGGACGCCUUCGGCUCCCAGCCCCCGCUGGAGCUGCUGCGCCUCUGGAUCGACUACGGCUUCUGGUACGACCGCGAGAAGCAAACCAUCAAAUACAUCAAGGACAUGUUCCUGAUGGCGGCCAUGGGCCCCCCGGGGGGCGGCCGAACCGUCAUAUCCGGCCGGCUUCAGAGCAGAUUCAACCUCAUCAACAUGACCUUCCCCACGGAGACGCAGAUCCGGCGCAUCUUCGGCACCAUGCUCAACCAGAAGCUGCAGAACUUCGAGGAGGCGGUGAAGCCGCUUGGGAACGUCACCACCGAGGCCACGGUCGAGCUGUACCACGCUGUGGUGCAGAAGUUCCUGCCCACGCCCGCCAAGAUCCACUACCUUUUCAACCUGCGCGACAUCUCCAAGGUGUUCCAGGGCAUGCUGCGGGCGCACAAGGACUUCCACGAUACCAAGCCCAGCCUCACUCGCCUGUGGAUUCACGAGUGCUUCAGGGUCUUCUCCGACCGCCUGGUGGACUCGGCCGACAAGGACGCCUUCGUCGCCCUCCUGAGCGAGAAGCUGGGCUCCUUCUUCGACCUGACCUUCCACAACCUCUGCCCCAGCAAGCGCCCGCCCAUCUUCGGGGACUUCAUGCGGGAGCCGCGGGUGUACGAGGACUUGGUGGACCUGUCGGCCCUGAAGCUGGAGAUGGAGCGGGCGCUGGACGAGUACAACCAGACGCCCGGCGUGGUGCAGAUGCAGCUCGUGCUCUUCAGAGAUGCCAUCGAACACAUUACCCGGAUCGUGCGGGUGAUCGGCCAGCCGCGCGGGAACAUGCUGCUGGUGGGCAUCGGGGGCAGCGGGCGGCAGAGCCUGGCACGCCUGGCCUCCUCCAUCUGCGAGGACCAGACCUUCCAGAUCGAGGUGACCAAGCACUACCGCAAGCAGGAGUUCAGAGACGACAUCAAGAAGCUGUACCGGCAGGCAGGGGUGGACCUGAAACCCACCACCUUCCUCUUCGUGGACACUCAGAUCAUGGACGACUCCUUCCUGGAGGACAUCAACAACAUCCUGAGCUCCGGGGAGGUGCCCAACCUCUACAAGGCCGACGAGUUUGAGGAGAUCCAGUCCAUGAUCCUGGACGCGGCCCGAGCCGAUGGCAUCCCCGAGACGGCCGACAGCCUCUUUGGCUACCUGAUUGAGAGGGUGCGGAACAACCUGCACGUGGUGGUCUGCCUCAGCCCCAUCGGGGACCCCUUCAGGAACUGGAUCCGUCAGUACCCGGCGCUGGUGAACUGCACCACCAUCGACUGGUUCUCGGAGUGGCCGCGCCAGGCGCUGCUGGAGGUGGCAGAGAAGUACCUCGAGGGCGUGGACCUGGGGGGCCUGCCGGAGAUCCACAAGAAAGUGGCCAGGAUCUUUGUGACCAUGCACUGGUCCGUGGCCUCCUACUCGCAGAAGAUGCUCCUGGAGCUCCGGCGCCAUAACUACGUCACCCCCACCAACUACCUGGAGCUGGUCUCGGGCUACAAGAAGCUCCUGGCGGAGAAGCGCAAGGAGCUCUCGGACCAGGCCAACAAGCUGCGCAACGGGCUCUCCAAGAUCGACGAGACACGCCACAAGGUGGAGGUGAUGUCGUUGGAGCUGGAGGACGCCAAGAAGAAGGUGGCGGAGUUCCAGAAGCAGUGCGAGGAGUACCUGGUCAUCAUCGUGCGGCAGAAGAGAGAGGCCGACGAGCAGCAGAAGACGGUGGGCGCUAACAGCGAGAAGAUCGCCGCAGAGGAGAUCAAGUGCAAGACGCUGGCUGACAACGCCCAGAAGGACCUGGAGGAGGCGCUGCCCGCGCUGGAGGAGGCCAUGAAGGCCCUGGAGUCGCUCAACAAGAAGGACAUGACGGAGAUCAAGUCCUACGGGCGCCCGCCCACGCUGGUAGAAACGGUGAUGCAGGCCGUCAUGAUCCUGCGCGGCAACGAGCCGACCUGGGCCGAAGCCAAGAGGCAGCUGGGUGAGGCCACCUUCAUCAAACAGCUGAUCAACUUCGACAAGGACAACAUCUCGGACAAGGUGCUGAAGAAGAUCAGCGGGUACUGCUCCCAGCCCGACUUCCAGCCCGACAUCAUCGGGCGCGUCUCGCUCGCUGCCAAGUCCCUCUGCAUGUGGGUGCGCGCCAUGGAGAUGUACGGCCGGAUAUACCGGGUGGUGGAGCCCAAGCGUGCCCGCAUGAACGCCGCCAUGGCCCAGCUGGCCGAGAAGCAGGCGUCGCAGGCCGAGGCGCAGGAGAAGCUGCGGGAGGUGGCGGAGAAGCUGGAGCGGCUGAAGCAGGAGUACGAGGAGAAGCUGGCGCAGAAGGAGGACCUGCGCAAGCGCUCCGAGGAGAUGGAGAUCAAGCUGGACCGCGCCGACAAGCUGGUGUCCGGGCUGGCGGGGGAGAAGGCGCGCUGGGAGGAGACGGUGCAGGGGCUGGAGGAGGACCUGGGCUACGUGGUGGGCGACUGCCUGCUGGCCGCUGCCUUCCUGUCCUACAUGGGGCCCUUCCUGUCCGGCUACCGCGAUGAGAUCGUCUCCAGCAUCUGGAUGAAGCAGAUCCGGGAGCUGCAGGUGCCCUGCUCGCCACGGUUCACCUUCGACAGCUUCCUCUGCAACCCCACCAUUGUGCGCACCUGGAACCUGCAGGGGCUGCCCUCCGACGCCUUCUCCACCGAGAACGGGCUCAUCGUCACCCGCGGCAACCGGUGGCCACUGAUGAUCGACCCGCAGUGCCAGGCCUCCAAGUGGAUCAAGAACAUGGAAGCUGCCAAGGGCCUGAAGAUCAUCGACCUGCAGAUGGGCGACUACCUGCGGGUGCUGGAGGGCGCCGUGCAGUUCGGCUCGCCCGUGCUGCUCCAGAACGUGCAGGAGGAGCUGGACCCCUCGCUCGCCCCCAUCCUCAACAAGUCCGUCACCAGAGUUGGCGGGCGCCUGUUGCUGCGGCUGGCGGACAAGGAGGUGGAGUACAGCCCCGACUUCCGCUUCUACCUCACCACCAAGCUGUCAAACCCCCACUACACCCCGGAGACCUCCUCCCAGACCACCAUCGUCAACUUCGCCGUCAAGGAGCAGGGCUUGGAGGCCCAGCUGCUGGGCACCGUGGUGCGGAAGGAGCGGCCCGAGCUGGAGGAGCAGAAGGACUCGCUCGUGCUCAACAUCGCGGCCGGCAAGAGCAAGCUGAAGGAGCUGGAGGACGAGAUUCUGAGGCUGCUGAACGAAGCCACCGGCUCGCUGCUGGACGACGUGCAGCUGGUGAACACCCUGCAGACCUCCAAGGUGACGGCCAGCGAGGUGACGGAGCAGCUGGAGACCAGCGAGACCACGGAGAUCAAGAUCGACACCGCCCGCGAGGCCUACAGGCCCUGCGCCCAGAGAGCCUCCAUCCUCUUCUUCGUGCUCAAUGACAUGGGCCGCAUCGACCCCAUGUACCAGUUCUCCCUGGACGCCUACAUCGACCUGUUCAACAUAAGCAUCCACAAGAGCCACCGCAGCGCCAAACUGGAGGAGCGGAUCCGCUACCUGAACGAGUACCACACCUACGCCGUGUACAGGUUCACCUGCCGCGGCCUCUUUGAGCGCCACAAGCUGCUCUUCAGCUUCCAGAUGUGCGCCAAGAUCCUGGAGACCUCGGGCAACCUCAAGAUGGACGAGUACAACUUCUUCCUGCGGGGGGGCGUGGUGCUGGACCGGGAGGGGCAGAUGGACAACCCCUGCAGCGGCUGGCUGGCCGACACCUACUGGGACAACGUCACCGAGCUGGACAAGCUCACCAACUUCCACGGCAUCAUGAACUCCUUCGAGCAGUACCCGCGGGACUGGCACCUCUGGUACACCAGCGCCAAGCCUGAGAAGGCCCUGCUGCCAGGCGAGUGGGAGAACUCCUGCAACCAGAUGCAGCGGAUGCUGGUGGUGCGGUCCCUGCGGCCGGACCGCGUCGCCUUCUGCGUCACGUUCUUCAUCGUCUCCAACCUGGGCUCCCAGUUCAUCGAACCGCCCGUGCUCAACAUGAAGUCGGUGGUGGAGGACUCCACGCCCCGGACCCCCCUGAUCUUCGUGCUGUCCCCCGGCGUGGACCCCACCUCCUCGCUGCUGCAGCUGGCCGAGCAGUCGGGCAUGGCCCAGCGCUUCCACGCCCUGUCGCUGGGGCAGGGCCAGGCCCCCAUCGCCACCCGCAUGAUCCAGGAGGGGGUCCGGGACGGGAACUGGGUGUUCCUGGCCAAUUGCCACCUCUCGCUGUCCUGGAUGCCGCAGCUGGACAAGCUGGUGGAGCAGCUGCAGGUGGAGGAGCCGCACCCGGCCUUCCGCCUCUGGCUCAGCUCCAGCCCCCACCCCGACUUCCCCAUCUCCAUCCUGCAGGCCAGCAUCAAGAUGACCACGGAGCCCCCCACGGGUCUCAAGGCCAACAUGAAGCGCCUGUACCAGCUGGUGACGGAGCCGCAGUUUGGGCGCUGCACCAAGCCGGCCAAGUACAAGAAGCUGCUGUUCGCCCUCUGCUUCUUCCACAGCGUCCUGCUGGAGCGCAAGAAAUUCCUGCAGCUCGGCUGGAACGUGGUGUAUGGCUUCAACGACUCCGACUUCGAGGUGUCGGAGAACCUGCUGAGCCUGUACCUGGACGAGUAUGAGGAGACGCCCUGGGAUGCCCUCAAGUACCUGAUCGCAGGCGUCAACUACGGGGGCCACGUGACGGACAGCUGGGACCGGCGCCUGCUCACCACCUACAUCAACGACUACUUCUGCGAGCAGAGCCUGGCCGCACCCUUCUACAAGCUGUCGGUGCUCGACACCUACUACAUCCCCAAGGACGGGAACCUGGCCUCCUACCGGGAGUUCAUCAGCAUGCUGCCCGGCAUGGACCUGCCCGAGGCCUUCGGCCAGCACCCCAACGCCGACGUGGCCUCCCAGAUCACCGAGGCCAGGACCCUCUUCGAGACCCUACUGUCCCUGCAGCCCCAGAUCACGCCCAGCGGGGCCGCUGGGCAGAGCCGCGAGGACAAGGUCCUGGAGCUGUCGGCCGACGUGCUGAGCAAGAUCCCGCAGGAGCUGGACUACAGGGGCACCCAGAAGGUGCUGGCCGACGACCCUUCGCCCCUCAACGUGGUGCUGCUGCAGGAGAUCCAGCGCUACAACGCCCUGCUGCAGGUCAUCAGGUCCUCGCUGGUGGAGCUGGAGAGGGGCAUCCAGGGGCUGGUGGUCAUGUCCACCACCUUGGAAGAGAUCUUCAACUGCAUCUUCGACGCCCGUGUGCCCCCCAUGUGGGAGAGGGCCUACCCCUCGCAGAAGCCGCUGGCCGCCUGGACCCGGGACUUGGGCCAGCGGGUGGAGCAGUUUGCCCGCUGGGCCGAGACGGCGCAUCCCCCCGUGCUCUUCUGGCUCUCCGGCUUCACCUUCCCCACUGGGUUCCUGACGGCCGUGCUGCAGGCGGCCGCCCGCCAGAACAACAUCUCGGUGGACACCCUGUCCUGGGAGUUCAUCGUCUCCACGGUGGAUGACAACAACCUGGUGUAUCCGCCCAAGGACGGCGUGUGGGUCCGGGGGCUGUACCUGGAGGGCGCGGGCUGGGACAAGAAGAACUCGUGUCUCGUGGAAGCGGAGCCGAUGCAGCUCGUCUGCCCCCUGCCCACGGUGCACUUCAAACCCGCCGAGAGCAAGAAGAAGAGCAGCAAAGGGACCUACGCCUGCCCCUGCUAUUACUACCCGAACCGGACUGGCUCCCCCGGGCGCCCCUCCUUCGUCAUCGGGGUGGAGCUGCGGACCGGCGCCGCCCCCCCCGACCACUGGAUCAAACGGGGCACCGCCCUGCUCAUGAGCCUGGACAGCUGA